CGCGUUUUCAUACGAUUUCGCGGAAAAAAUGGGGUCAAGCUUACACGUUCAGUGUACGUGAUAAACUUAUGGGUUUCUGGCAUGCGGUGACGUCAUCCGGAUCGUUCUGGAAGAACCCUGCAGGACAAUAAUGGCGGAUUUGUAUGCUAAAUACAACUGCACCUAUUGUCAAGAGGACAUCUCGGGUUUACGUGUAAGAUGUGUAGAAUGCCCAGAUUUCGACCUCUGUUUGCAGUGUUUUUCCGCUGGAGCUGAAAUUGGACCACAUAAAAAUGACCACUCUUAUCAGUUUAUGGAUUCUGGUACCAUUAGCAUAUUUAAUGGUAGGGGAAACUGGACUGCUAGAGAACAACUUAGACUUUUGGAUGCCAUUGAACAAUUUGGUUUUGGAAAUUGGGAAGAUAUUAGUAAACAUAUUGAAACACGUACGCCAGAAGAAGCAAAAGAAGAAUAUAUUGCUAGGUAUCUUGAUGGAAAUAUUGGAAAACAUACAUGGCCUCCUACAGAAAGCUACAAACCAAAUAUUACAGAUCAAACUAAGUCAGAUCAUGGACCUCUAUCACCUGAUCUCACAUCUCGAUUACCACCUUUGGAUAUUACUCCAGAAGAAGCUGCACAAUUGGGAUACAUGCCACAACGAGAUGAUUUUGAAAGGGAUUACAAUCAUGAAGCAGAAUCACUUGUUUCUUCUUUAUUUUUAAAUCCAGCAGAAGAUGAUGAUUUGGAUAUAGCACUUAAACUUGCACAAGUUGACAUGUAUACUAAUAAUUUAAGAGAGAGAGCGCGACGAAAAAGAGUUGUACGCGAUUAUCAGCUUGUUUCUGCAUUUUUUGCUUCAUCUAGGAAAGAUAAAACAAUAAAGAAAAAACAAUCAAAAGAGGAAAAGGAAUUUAGAGAUAGAACAAGAGUAUUUGCACAGUUUUACACGGCACAGGAAUAUGAACAAUUUUUAACAAAUCUUGAAAGGGAAAGAGAAUUACGGUUACGUCUUUCAGAAUUAUUUCGUUAUCGAGAACAUGGUAUUACAAGACAUGAAGAAUGCGCUCAUUUCGAACAAGUGAUGGCACAAACUCAGGGACAAAAUGAUACUGUAGAUCAUUGGAAUGAAAAAAAAUCUGGCAGCAGUGGGCCGUCCACACCAAUACACCGCCACACCUCAAAAAAAAGAGAAGAAGAAAAAAGUUACUCUUCCACCGACCGAAAGUACAUUGCAAAAGACUUACCCAGCAGCAGCUUCUCAAUCAAUCAAACCAAUCCCAAUCGGAUGACGACUCUAGCCAAUCAGUGGGCGGAGCCGGAUAACAAUCCAAAUUCUUCCAGCCAGCAUUCUACCAGCUCCAGUUCUGCCGCAGAAAAAAAUUAUACUGCGACAACUUCUGGAAAAUCUUGCACAACAGCGGGAGACUCAGAGGAACGAGAUAUAGAAAUGGAAGCAGCAGCUCAUCUAUUGACAAAACAAGAAAAAUCCUUAUGUCUUCAACUUGAUCUGAAGCCAACACAGUAUUUAACACAAAAGACAUUGUUGUUGCAAGAAUAUCUAAAUGGUAAUAGAAGAUCAGGCGUUGUACCUCAAUCGGAACCAGAGAGUAAGAUAUUACAUUAUCUGGUAGCAAAUGGCUGGAUCGCGGCCAAUUGAUUAAACAUGUAAAAAAUUAACGACCAUUUCCAUUCUAAGUCACCUUUUAUUUUGCAAACUAAGUCCUAGAUUUAAUUAAAGUUUGAGUCUGAUUUAAUUAACAUAUAUAGGGCAGGUAGAGAGAGAAUGCGUGUGUAUAUAAUUUAAUAUGCAAAGACAUUCUUUAUUUUUUGUUUAAAUGAUAAAUAUUUAAAUAAAUGUAUUGGCGGAUAAAUUGUUAAGAACGAUAAAAAAAUGUUUUGAUUAACUUCUUUAUUUCAUUAUAAAC